AUAUAUGAAUUUUGCAAAUACUUCAGGGUCAUAAUUGUACAUUACUGCCAUUUUUAUUAAUUAUAAAUACAUGCACGGAGCACAGAGAAAAGUCAGGUAAUUGUUUGAAUUUCCACAAACUCAUGGCAAUAAUACCUUUGCUUGCUCUGCCUUUGAUUUUAUACUCUCCAUCAUUGUCUUCAGCAUCUGAUAGUCUAACCAAAGGCUCAUCUUUAUUAGUGGAGAACACAAACGAUCUUUUGAUUUCACCAAGGGGCACUUUCAUUGCCGGAUUCUUCCCCGUCGGUGAUAAUGCUUACUGCUUUGCCAUAUGGUUUGAUGAACCUUUCUGCAAUAACAAUUGCACUAUAGUUUGGAUGGCAAACCGUGACCAACCAGUUAAUGGGAAACGUUCCGCGCUCUCUCUGCUAAAAUCUGGUAAUCUUAUCUUAACUGAUGCUGGUCGAAUCACAGUUUGGGCUACGGACACAGUUUCAGAAUCUUCAGUGCACUUACAACUUCAGGAAAGUGGCAAUCUUGUACUGAACAACUCGGAAGGAGAUAUUCUUUGGCAAAGCUUCGAUUUCCCCACGAAUACUCUCCUUCUGCUUCAGCCACUAAGCAAAGAUAAGCAGCUUGUCUCCUCAAGAAGUCAAACCAACUAUAGUUCAGGAUUCUACAAGCUUUUGUUCGACAAUGAUAACGUUCUCCAUCUUCUUUUUGCUAGUCCAAGUAUCACAAGCCUUUACUGGCCAGAUCCUGAGCUCUUGGUCUUUGAAGCUAAAAGAUCUACUUACAACAACAGUAGAAGGGCUUAUUUUGAUCCUUUGGGCAAUUUCAGUUCAUCAGAUAAGUUCUUUUCUAAGUCAGCGGAUUAUGGAGCUAACUUCCAAAGAAGAUUGACGAUAGAUAGCGAUGGAAAUCUUCGAUUGUACAGUCGAGAAGAUAAACGAGAAGCGUGGACUGUUUCAUGGCAGGCCAUAUCUCAACCCUGCAGUAUUCAUGGGAUUUGUGGACCAAAUAGCGUCUGCAACUAUGUUCCUAGUUCUGGUAGGAAUUGUUCCUGCCUCCGGGGAUUCAAGAUGAAGGAUGUAACUGACUGGUCUUUGGGAUGUGAGCCAGAAAUCAAGCUUUGUUUAACAAAUGAGACCAAUUUCCUUAGACUAACUAAUGUGCAAUUUUAUGGGUAUGACUAUGGCUUCUAUCCGAAUUACACCUUAGAUAGGUGUAAAGAAGUAUGCUCCCAAAGAUGUGAUUGCCCUGGGUUCCAAUUCAGAUUCAGCAAGCAUGGUAAUCCGAAUAACACUCCUUAUUGUUUUGUGAAGUUCCGGUUGCUAAACGGGUUUCGUUCGCCGAGUUUUGAAGAUGAUUUUUACUUGAAAGUGCCGAUAACAAGUCCCUACCCUGCACCGGUGGAAGAAUCAAGGUUACAUUGCGCAGUUGAAAUUACCAAGCUAGACAGAGUGUAUACAAAAAUCCCUGAAAAUGGAACACUAAAGUUUCUGCUUUGGUUUGCUUCGAUUGUUGGAGCAAUUGAGUUCACUGGUAUUUUCUUGGUAUGGUGUUUCUUGAUGAGAACACACCAGACCUCCGUCGUAGUUAAGCAAGAUUACCUUCAAGUUGCAACUGGCUUUAGAAAAUUCACCUACACCGAGCUGGAAAAGGCAACCCAUGGUUUCCGUGAAGAAAUUGGAAGAGGAGCAGGAGGAAUUGUUUACAGAGGAGUACUAUCUGAUCAUAGAAUUGCAGCAGUAAAGCGACUGACCGAUGAAGCUAGCCAAGGUGAAGCGCAGUUUCGGGCCGAAGUUAGUGUGAUUGGGAAGCUUAAUCACAUGAACCUGAUAGAGAUGUGGGGAUAUUGUGCGGAGGGAAAGCACAGGCUUGUGGUUUACGAGUGCAUGGAGCAUGGAUCCUUGGCAGAUAAUCUCUCUUCUAACACUCUUGAUUGGAAGCAGAGGUUUAACAUUGCCUUAGGUGUAGCCAAAGGCCUUUCCUAUUUACAUGAAGAGUGCCUGGAGUGGGUUCUACACUGUGAUAUAAAGCCUCAAAACAUACUGCUAGACCUUGGUUACCAGCCAAAGGUGUCAGAUUUUGGCCUGUCUCAUCCACUGAAAACAGAUAGCCAUGGAAUUUCAAGGCUUUCAAGGAUUAGAGGUACUAGAGGUUACAUUGCUCCAGAGUGGGUUUUGAAUCUGCCCAUCACUUCCAAGGUGGAUGUUUAUAGCUAUGGAAUGGUCUUAUUGGAGAUGGUAACUGGUAAAAGCCCAACAGCAGAUAUAGAGGACAGAAGACUGGUUACAUGGGUAAAAGAAAAUAUUAAAGGAGCUUCUGCAAUGGAUUUGAGUAUGGAAAAGAUUGUAAACCCUGAUGUGGAAGGAAAUUAUGACAAGACCCAGAUGAAAAUUCUUGUUGGGGUGGCUUUAAAAUGUGCAAAUGAAGACAAAGAUACGAGACCCACCAUGAGACAAGUUGUUGAGAUGCUUCUGCAAUAUGAGAAGCAUAACUCUGAAUCUGUUGAAUUCACCAUUGAAUAGUGAAAUGGAAGUCCAGAAGGAUUUCCCUUUCAAUUUUAUUUCCUUGGAGACAAAUGAAUCUAAUUGUGUCCAAGUUUGGCUAGAAUAAGUUUUGCUGGUUUAUGAAAUAAACGUG